AUGCCUACUGCCGUGCUGGCGUUAUCCACGAUGCCGGAUUGCGUCGGGAAUCCGGUGGCUCGUGACUCGUCAUGUAACCCUUCUGAUUUACAGUACAACCUGACUGAGGGCCCUGCAGGACAGCAAUCUUCAGUGGAGUUGGACAGCGGUUCAGUAGCUGCCAGCAGUGAAACCGGCAAGGGAACAGCGCUAGAAGAGCCAACCGGCGUUGCCGGCGGAGGCCGCAGUUGCCCGCGUGCCCCUCCAAGGUUCUCCGUACUUGCUGCGUACAGGCUAGAGCUCUUGGUAGGUACUCCAUCCUACCCCGUGCGGGUUGACUCGAGCACCCAGGCCAAAUCCACACUGCAGGUGGGUUUGGGCCUCUUCACAUGUCAGCUGCCCUUCCCCCCCAAACCCAAACAAACAGUACUCCGUCCACACUCACUCGACCGCUUUCACAUUGAAACAUGUGCCGCCGGUACCCUGGUCAAGGACCCUCUUUCACGAGCAACGUCGGCCGUUGUUGUCGCUGCUGCUGCCGCUGCUACCGCUCUUCUUCCCAUCGUGGUCUUCUUUGACAGCUCUCGUUCGACUCUCAACUACUCCUCUCCGCCAUAUCCUUCGCGAAACAUAUCGUCAUUCAUUCCAGGCACUCGGCUGCUCAUCAUCUUCGGCUUCUGGCUCCUUGUACCACCACGUACAACCAUUCCCCAAACGUGUACGAUCCCAAACAACCGGAACCUCUCCGGUCUUCUAUUUCGAACCAAGUCCUUCUUCGGGUGGCGGUCCGUGGUGUCGAGCCGUCCGUCGCUGCACCUUUUCGCCCGCCCCCUGGAGCCAUCGCAUUACUCGCGCUGCGCCGUCCCGUCGACGACUUCCAACGCCAUCCAUUGUUACCCCCAGCCACAAACUCGUGGUCUUGCGCUGCUCGCUUGGUCAGCCACGCCUCCGGCUCAUACACCAGUCGCCAUGAUAGACCACGUCCUGGGACGGCCGUCGGUCAAGUCGCGCCGCCUUCAGGUCCUGGCGGUGCUGGCUUUCUGGUCGGCAUAUAUCUUCAGAGGACACCCACACGGCCCUCCCGUCAUCCGCUUCUUCUCCAAGCUCACAACGAAGCGCCUCACAACAUGGCAGACCGUCGUGGUCACCAUGAUCUACCUCUACGCUGCACGACAUUUUAGCACUCUGGUCGGCCUCGCGAGUCCCGAACCCAUGUCCAACAUGUACGAUGCCACCUACUUCCGCGCCACAUGGAUCUUGACUGCUCUUGAUGCUGGUUUUUGGACCGCCAUGAAGAUCCGCGCAAAGUGGCUUCGCGAUCUGGCCAGCAUCGUCUUCUCCGUAUUCUACAUGUUUGCCGCCGAGAAGGCCGACGAAAAGGUGCGCAAGGUGCGCGGCAUGUUGACUGUCGAGCAUCUGCGUGUGUCUUGGGACAAAGGAACGACGCCAUACCUGAAAUUCUUCCAGGGCCUCAUGCGGCCUCGCUUCUCCCGCUGGCCGCCGCGCGCAAUCCGCAUUCCCCGACCCUCUGGCAGCGAUUAUAAGGAGCCUGUGUCGGCUUGGCUCUACUUUGAUGGACCAUUGACGGACCUCGUGCGACACAGCAGAAUCAUCCUGGAUAUACCUGGUGGUGGAUUCGUCGCCAUGGACCCUCGAUGCAACGAUGAUAAGCUAUUUGCAUGGGCGUCCAAGACUGGCAUGCCAGUUCUUAGCUUGGAUUACAAGAAGGCUCCCGAGUUCCCGUACCCCUUCGCCCUGAACGAGUGCUUCGACGUCUACACGACACUUAUUCGAAGCAAGGGACGAUGCAUCGGCAUGUCUGGAAGAGAGACACCCCGAAUUGUGCUUACAGGUGACAGCGCCGGUGGUAACUUGGCCACGGCAACGACUCUCAUGAUUGUCGAGAGAACGUCAGUGCCGAUGCGUCGCUACUCGAGCACAGGAGAUCUGCCAUUACCCGACGGACUGGUCUUGUUCUAUCCAGCACUUGAUAUGAACAUUGGCAACUGGAUGUCAGACGAGCAAAUGUCACUUAUGAAGGAUAGAAGGCUGAGAAGCACGAACCAAUCGAUCAUCAGGCGAAAGAGCAUGCAGUACAACGACCUCGUCGGCACACCUCACCACAGUGAUGACGAGGAGGACUCCAACAAGCAGUCGACAGAGCUGACGGCCAAGGAGGUCCAGAUCGCCUCACAACAAGCGCUCGCUAGUCCCCAUCCCGAGUUUUCGCAUGGCGGUCCACAAAGUAUGUCCAACGCAGGAUCCUCAGCUCCGGAUAUCAAGCGUCAGCAGAGCGCAUCCCAUCACUCGGAACCUCUUCGAACCCGCCUCGCCAUGUCGUCCAUGAUUUCGUACUUCAACGAUCGCGUGCUCACGCCCGAGAUGAUGCGCGCCAUGAUCAUUCUCUAUAUCGGUCCUCACAAUCGACCUGACUUCAGCAAGGACUACCUCCUUUCUCCUGUUCUUACCCCCGACUCCCUCCUUGCGCGCUUCCCUAAGGUCUACUUCCUGACCGGCGAGCGAGACCCUCUGGUCGACGACACCGUCAUCUUCUCAGCACGUCUGCGCAAGGUGAAGGAGUCCAUGUUCGACCAAGCCCAAUCCGAGCGCUCCGACCUUGGCGAUGGACUCGAGCCCAUCUUCAACCCCAAGGACGUUGCCGAGGUGAUGCUGAUCCCCGGCAUCUCCCACGGCUUCCUUCAGUUCCCGACCGUGUACCCCCCAGCAUGGAAGCACUUUGAGAGGUCAGCGGAAUGGAUCACAGAGAUCUUUGCCUCAGCCGACGCCGUACGCGAAAAGGAGAGCCGCGGCCGCAGACGUGUCGGCGGUGGACCCAUCACAAACGGCAACAGCGAGGGACGGCACCAUAACCGCGUCGAGUCGAGCGGGGAUGAGGACAGGCCGCUGGAGAUUAGCAUGACGAGAGCGAACCGCAAGAAUACCCUGACCAAGGAGCCGCAGGUCAUGGACGAGAGCGAGUCCAUUGUACCCGAUGCGAAUGGCAAGAAGAAGAAUGGCCGCGCGAGGGGCGCAAGUAAGAGUGCGGGCGCGAGCGCGAGCCUCGUGAAGCUGAAAAGUACAGAUGACUUAUUGGGAAGGAGAAUGCAAGGUCUUGCUGGGGGCUUGACUGGCGUCGGGAGGGGACAGGAAUGA